AUGUUGCAUUAUGAAGUACUGUACCAUAUAUUGCCAAGUGCAUCACCUGGUUCACCAAGUGAAUGUAUCUUUGUAUCACUCAUUGCUGCACGCCAUCAGGCUAUUAAAGCAUUGAUGGUUGAUAAAAAGAAGGAUGAAAUAGUAGAAAGCUGUAAAAUUCUGAGUAAGCUUGUAGCUUAUACAUCAAAAGAAUCUUGCCCGAGUAUUGAAAAAGCAGCCAAACUGUCUUAUGUGAGACUACGUCUCUUGAAUGUUGACAAGAAUAAUUGUCUUCGAGGUGACAUAUUAAAGAAGGCAAUAGAAGCUGAUAUAAGGGAAGGGUAUGUUCCAUUCUAUGUAGCUGCAACACUUGGUACAACCACAGUGUGCUCAUUUGAUAAUGUAAAGGAAAUUGCUCAAGUCUGUAGUGACUACUCUCUUAUCUGGCUCCAUGUAGAUGCAGCAUAUGCAGGCAAUGCUUUUAUUUGCCCAGAAUUUAGAUAUUUGAUGAGUGGUAUCGAAUAUGCACGAUCAAUAAAUGUCUGUCCCAGCACAUGGUUUCUAGUCAAUUUUGACUGUUCAUGCCUGUGGGUCCAGAACUAUCAACACCUUAUUGAAUCACUGGCAGUAAACAAAUUGUAUUUGCAAGAUGACUGGGAAGAUGAAACUGUAGAAUUUCGUCAGUGGGGUAUACCACUCUCUCGGAGAUUCCGGGCUCUAAAGCUGUGGCUUGUAUUGAGAUGCUAUGGUAUUAAUGGAAUACAAUACCAUAUUAAGAGACAUUGUCAUUUAGCCAAGCUCUUUGAGUCAUACAUAAAGAAAGAUAAGCGUUUUAUACUGAUGAAUGAUUGCUUGUUUGAUAUUCCUGGGCAAGGACGACUCUUAGUGGCUCUUCUUUGUGCCACACUUAGCAACCAGAGAACACCAAACCAUGAUUUACUGUCACUUUACAAUGGGCUUCCGCCAAGAAAUGUUGAUAGUCAUCACUGA